CCCUCCAUUCCAUUCCACCCCACCCCACCACCACCCCCACUCGCCUCCGCUCCUAGGGUUUCCCGCCGCGCACCACCCCCAAAACCCUCGCCCCCCCUCCCCGGCGAUCGGACCAAUGGCGGCAUCGGCGGCGGCGAAGAAGCUCACGCUCAAGAGCUCCGACGGCGAGGACUUCGAGGUGGAGGUGGCGGUGGCGAUGGCGUCGCAGACCAUCAAGCACAUGGUGGAGGACGGCUGCGCCGACAACAUCAUCCCGCUCCCCAACGUCAACGCCAAGGUCCUCUCCAAGGUCAUCGAGUACUGCACGCAGCACGCCCCCAAGGCAGACGACGCCGCCACCGCCGACUCCGCCACCGCCGUCAAGCCCGACGAGGAGACGCUCAAGGCCUUCGACGCCGAAUUCGUCAAGGUCGAGCAGGCGACUCUCUUCGACCUCAUCCUGGCUGCCAACUACCUGGACAUCAAGGGGCUCCUGGACCUGACCUGCCAGACCGUCGCCGACAUGAUCAAGGGCAAGACUCCGGAGGAGAUCCGCAAGACCUUCAACAUCACCAACGACUUCACCCCGGAGGAGGAGGAGGAAGUGCGGAAGGAGAACCAGUGGGCCUUUGAGUGAAGGUCGGGUCCGUGACGCGAAUAACCAGCAUGGAAGGAAACUUGGCUUCGUCGAAUGCCUGGGAGCAGCUGUUAACCGUUUUGUGGUUCUGAGACAACGCUAGUAGGGAAGAUGUAAGUAGGUUCUGGUUCCGGUCGACCUGGAGGGUCCUCACCAUUUGGCUGACUCUGCUUCGCUUUUUGGUUGUGGUGGUAUUUUGCUGCACUCUUGGACCUGGUUAUGAGGAAAUGAGAUGGUAUGCUGGUUAUUCUGCACUAAA